CAGGGACUCUCCUGGAAGAGGCCUAGGGUCACUAAGGAAACAUAACCAGCGGUAGUGCAGGGAACGGAACCUGCGUGAUGUCACAGCGGCUGGAGCAGAGCCACUGUCUCAAGACUCUGCCCUUCUUCAAGAGAAGAGCCCAGAAGAAGAGAGAAUGACUGCUAGGCCCUUGAUGGCUAGAUUCAGGGUCCCAAGUUUUUGGCCCAUGCUUGGUCCAUGUCCAGGAAGAAUGAGGUAUGUGGACAACUGGAGGGUGAGCAAGGUGGAGAGGAGCUUCAUUGAGUGACAGAACAGCUCUCAGGAGACCCAAAGUGGAUGGCUUCUUUCCACAGACAGGUUGUAUCCAUGAGUGUCCAGCUGUCAGCAGAGAGGAGACCUGCAGUGGGUAGCUCGUUUCCGCAGUUAGGUCCUCCCGAUGUCUGUUUGAAUCUGACUGAGUCUGAGGUUUUUAUGAGCUCAGAAGGGAGGAAGUGCGUGCUGAUUGGUCCACGGUGGCCACGGGUGGCUGGAAGAAGCACCAGAAGUUCUCACUUAAGGCCAGGCUGUGGAUUGCAGCCAGAACUGACAGCCCAGCCCCCGUGUUUUAGGCCAUCCCUGGCUGGAAGGUGGGGCUUCAAAGGGGACCCACCCCUUUCCACCCAGGAGCCUGUAUGCCUCCUGUCACCAUCAAUUAUGUCCUCCAUGGUGCCCAGGCUGUUUGUGCUGGGCCUGAAGGCCCACACUGAGCCACCCUCAACCCGGCUCCAGCCUCCUUCCCAUGCUCUUCAGUGCCCUAAGUCUGGAGGGGGGAAAGGUGGCAGGGGCUGGCAUGUCAGCGCUGCCCUGAGCACACCUGGUCAGGUCGUGACUGCACCCAGGCUCAGCCUCAACUUUGCUGUAAAAUCAGAGUGGAUGCCAGGACCAGGGAGAUGCCAAGCAGUGGGAGCAGGCACUUUGGAGCCUGUGGAGGACAGGGCUUCCAGGGCCCGCAAGAGCACAGGGAUGCCCAGGUUCACAGCCACAGCUGGGCAGCUGCAGCUGUUCCUGGAAGAGUGGGGUUCCCGCCCCACCAACUUUCAUGUUGAAUUAUAAUCCCCAGUGUUGGAGGAGGGGCCUGGUAGGAGGUGAUAGAUCAUGGGGGCAGAUAUCCACCUUGCUGUUCUUUUGAUAGUGAGUGAGUUCUCACAAGAUCUGGUUGUUUAAAAGUGGGUGGCACCUGCCCUCUCUCUCUCUCUUCCUCCUUCUACAGCCAUGUAAGGCAUGCCUGCUUCCCCUUCACCUUCCACCAUGAUUGUAAGUUUCCUGAGGCCUCCCCAGGUGUGCUUCCUGUACAGCCUGUGGAAUGUUACCAAAGAUGUUGGAAGAGGUGGCUAUGGACAUCACCUGGGAGAAGUGGAAGCAAAUGGACCCUGUUCAGAAGUCCAUAUACAGAAACAUGUUGGAAAAAUAUAGAAACCUGGUUUUGCUAGAUGGGAAGCUUGAAUGUGGGGCCAAGACAUCAAGAGUAGAGCAGCAGGACAUUUCAAAAGAAGAUUAAUCUCAAAGAUUAGAGAUGGAAGAACUUGCAAAGAGAAAGUCUGUACCGGAAGAAAUCUGGAAAUCUAGAGGCCAGUUUAAGAAUCAGCAGCUAAACAAGGAGAAUAAUCUAGGGCAAGAGAUAGCUACCUGCACAAAAAUUCCUACCAGAAAAAGAGAUAUAGAAUCUAAUGAAUUUGUGAAAAAUUUUACUGUAAGAUCAAUACUUGUUGCAGAACAGAGAGAUCCUAUGAAAGAGAAUUGUCAUAAAUAUGGUACAUGUUGAAAGAUGCUCAAACAAAACUCAGAUUUAAUUAUACAAAGAAAGUAUGAUGGAAAAAAAAAACCUUGUAAAUAUAGUGAAUGUGGGAGAACCUUCAGAGGCCACAUCACUCUUGUUCAGCAUCAAAGAACUCAUUGUGGAGAGAGACCCUGUAAAUGUACUGAGUGUAGAAAGGGAUUUAAUCAGAGUCCCCACUUAAGAAAUAAUCAGAAAACUCUUUCAGGAGAAAAGCCCUACAAAUGCAGUGAGUGUGGGAAGGCCUUCAGUUAUUGCUUAGUUCUUAAUCAACAUCAGAGAAUUCACAGUGGAGAGAAACCUUAUGAGGGUACUGAAUGUGGCAAGACAUUCAGUCGUAGUACAUACCUUACUCAGCAUCAAAGAAUUCACACUGGUGAGAAGCCCUAUACAUGUCUUGAAUGUGGAAAGGCUUUUAGUCAGAACACACAUCUUACUCUACAUCAGAGAAUCCAUACUGGAGAGAAACCUUAUGAAUGCAAUGAAUGUGGUAGGUCCUUUAGUCAGAGUGCACAUCUUACUCAACAUCAAAGAAUGUAUACAGGAGAAAAACCCUAUGAAUGUAAUGAAUGUGAGAAAGCCUUCCAUGAUCACUCAGCUCUUAUUCAACAUCAUAUUGUCCAUACUGCAGAGAAACCCUAUGAAUAUCAUGAUUGGGAAAACUUUCAGUUACUGUUCAGACCUCAUUCAACAUCAGAGAAUGCACACUGGAGAGAAACCAUACAAAUGCAAUGAAUGUGGGAAUGCCUUUAGUGAUUGUUCAGCCCUUAUUCAGCAUCAAAGAACUCACACUGGAGAAGAGCCUUAUGAAUGUAAGCAAUGUGGAAAAGCCUUUAGCAGAAGCACAUACCUUACUCAACAUCAGAGAAGUCACGCAGGAGAGAAACAGUAUAAAUGCAAUGAAUGUGAGAAAACUUUCAGCCUGAGUUCAUUCCUUACACAGCAUAUGAGGGUUCAGACUGGAGAAAAACCCUACAAAUAUAAUGAAUAUGGAAAAGCUUUUAGUGACUGCUCAGGACAUUUUCAGAGAACUCACACUGGAGAGAAGCCCUGUGAAUGUAAUGACUGUGGGAAACCUUUCAGUUUCUGUUCAGCCCUAAUUCAACAUAAGAGAAUUCAUACCAGAAAGAAGCCCUGACUGUACCUUCAUACCAGUAAAUGCACUGACUGUGGAAAAGCCUUCAGUGAUUGGUUAGCACUUGUUCAACAUCAGAUAACUCAACACUGGAGAAAAACCGUAUGAAUGUACUGAAUGUGGAAAAGCCUUCAGUUGGAGUACAGACCUCAAAAAUCACCAGAAAACUCAUACUAGUGAAAAAUCCUAUAAAUGUAAUGAAUGUAGAAAGGCCUUUAGUUACUGCUCUGGUCUUAUUCAAUGUCAGGUCAUUCAUACUGUAGAAAAACCUUAUGAAUACAGUAAAUGUGGCAAAGCCUUUAGGCAGAGAACAGACCUUAAAAAACAUCAGAAAAUGCAUACCGAAGAGAAACCCUAUGAAUGUAAUGAAUGUGGGAAAGCCUUUAGCCAGAGCACAUAUCCUACAAAACACCAAAAAAUUCAUAGUGAAGAGAAAUCAAAUAUACAUACUGAGUGUGGGGAAACCAUUAGACAAAACUCUUCUUUUUUACAACAGUAAAAACCUCACACUGGAGAGAUUCUCUGAAUGCCUUAAGAAUUUGGUUAAUAUGGAGACCCUUCCCAGGGAAACAGAAGGAGGAUGGUGAAAACUGUUGACUACUUAGAAUGAUCACAUGGUUUAGUGGAGAGAGCAUGAUUCUGGGUUUUAAAAGUCAUGGAUCUCAAUCUCAGCUCCUAUUACUAACUAGAUCUUUUACUUUGGGGUAAGUCACUUCAUAUCUUUAGGCCUUAAUUUCCUCAUCUGAAAAACUGGAAGGCCUGACUUGUUGAGCUUUAAGAUCCUCAAUUAUUAUAUUUACUAGGAAUUCAAGUUUCUAUAGAUGUGGUUCAGAAUUGUGACUUAUUUAUUGUACAUCAGGUGUGAUUCACAAGUGAGCUUGUAGUAGUUAUUAAGGAGUCAAUAAAGAUAUAGAGCACGUG